AUGGAUACGAUUUUUGAAAUCAGCGCCAUCGAAAACCCACUACACAUAAAAAAAUACUACUUAACACCAGAGAUUGCCACGGCUCCGGAGCCGGCUCUUGGCUCCGGCUCUGAGCGGCUCCGGCUCCGAGCCGGGAGCCAGAGCCGGAAAUUUUGGGUGCGGCUCCAGCUCGAGCCCAAAGUCGGAGACAGGCUUCUCAGCGUUCAGACUAGAUUUCACGGUCCUUCUCCCACACGAUCAGGUACCGCUCCUAUCUCUCAACAGGUCUGGGACUCUUUCCUCAGACCAAUCCUAAAAACACAACGAAUCCAACAAUAAACCAACACACCUUUAUCCGCCUCUAAUCCGAAUACAAUCACAACCAAAUCAACACAAUUCAGAUCAAUAUCACCGGCAGAUAUCUGGCCUGGGCGGUCUUCGACGUUUCCCAGCCGUUCUCGUACGUGCCAAUCCUCAUCGACUGUCCUCAUUGUCCCCAUAAUUCCCAUUUCCACGGCUUGCGACGGAAUGCCAAUGCUGUCAUUCUGAUCGCUUCGGGACUCGGCGGCGGUCCAAACGCCUCACGGCUGUACUUCAGAACAGUAAAAUUUUCAUGA